AUGACACAGCGCGUUGUACAGAACAUAGAAAACGACUAUCUCAUCUGCAGUAUCUGCUUGGGACGCUAUACUGACCCCCGAAUACUUCCCUGUGGACAUACGUUCUGUAGACAAUGUCUCUCCGAUUACAUUCAGCAAACAGUCCUUAGUCCUAAUACACGAACUUUGAAAUGUCCCAUAGAUCGGGGCUUCGUCAGCGGGCCGGGAUCAAAUAUACACACCCGGGAAUGGGCCUCUUCUUUCCCAGUGGACCAGUUUGCCUUAAAUCUUCUCUCCAUCGUCAACGAACAAGAACGAAGCGGGAAUCAGGUAUCUACAGAUAACCUACCAAUCAAUCGAGGGCCUGGGCCUCCCCCCUCCGGGACUUCUCCCAAUUUCCAGACAUGCUCUGUCCAUAAUGGACGCUUAAUGGAGUACUUUUGUAUUGGAUGCAAUGAACUUGUCUGUGCUCAAUGUGCAAUCGAUAAUCACAGAACACGAAGGUGUGAUUGUCUUUCUUUUGAAGAUGCAGUUACUAGACUUCAGCCAAAGGCAAAUUCUUUACAUGUUCGAUUUCAAAAUUUAAUUUUUCGUGCUCAACAGUUAGUACAAUAUGGUUCACCAGAGCACAACAGUUUACAACAAGCCAAAAGUAGAGCAAUGGAAAGUUUAACAGAUAUAGAAUCAAAUAUAAACCGUUUCUCACAAAUAUGUUUUCAAAAUGUGGAAGACUUACGUCAAGAAAUCGCUUUUGCAGGACAAGAAUUGCCCUCGGAAUCACGUCAGCUAGCGGUGCUUUAUGAUAAAAUACAAGACACAAAACUAACAUUUGAUAAUAUUCUGAGCACGAAUUCGACUCUAGAUAUCCUUAACACAUAUCGAAGAAUAGAGUCACAAGCAAAUGAAUAUGAUCGCUCCUUAGCUUCCACCACACAAAGAAACCCUCGAUAUAUCGAAAUGUCCGAUCAUACCACCUUCUCUCGAUUUCUAAAUAAUCCUCCGCCAUUGGCCUCGCUAAAAGUCAAAUAUCCAAACAGAAGAGAACAUCAACAAAAUACAAUCUCAGGCAAUGAUGACGUAGAAUUCACAGCAGUGUUAUCGCCUUCAACAAUACCUUCCCAAAACCAAAACUCUGGUAAUCAUAGGAUAUUAACCUCAACAGUGCGAGGACAGAGAUCAACUCGAAACCAUCCUGGUCAGACUCGAAGCAAAAGUAAAUCUGUAAUUAAUGUCAAAAAUCCACAAGAAGACACCACAACGUGGCAUUUGAAUGGAAUAGUCUUCAUAGGGUAUCAUGUGCUAGUCAUUGAUUCAUACAAUAACAUGUUACGAAAAUGUAGCAUUGCAGGAACGUUCACCACUCAUGAAACUUUGCCCAUAGAAGGACCAACGAGUAUCACAUUAAUGGAUAACCCGACAGAGGUAGCAAUAUCCCAGCCUGAGAAAAAACAAAUUGUUAUAAUUAGUACCGACCAGGAACUAGCGAUAAAGGAAACGAUUCGAACAAAUAAACCGUAUGAUGUUAUUUGCUUACACCAAAGGACAAACUUUGUUACAUGCAGUUUUAGAGGAGCCAAAUGUAUUGAUAUCAUCAACAGAGUCGGUCGUGUUCAGAUCUCGAUAGAAAGGUCUCGGAUUUUACGUGACCCUCGGUAUCUCACAGUGACACGUGAAGGCUUAAUUGUAGUCAGUGAUAAUGAAUUACGUCGCGUGAUAUGCAUGAAUUCAGAAGGACAGGUACAAUGGACGCACACUCCGAAUGGGUCACCUUGGGGUGUGGCUUCUGAUAAAAUGGGCAAAAUCUACGUUUGUUUGGAUAACAAUGAUGUUCAAACACUUUCAGAUGAUGGACAUGUGAUUGAAGAGAAAUUCUUGUCUGCAAGAGAUGGGAUAAAGAUGCCAUAUGCUAUUUGUGUUAGAUCACGGCAACUUGCAAUUACCGAGUUCGGGUCCAGUUUAUUCACUCCAAACAGUCCUUGGGUUCACAUCAUAUCAGUUUAGCUGAAGGGCGGAAUGGUGCUAUUUGUCAGUCAUUUUCUUCCAGCUUUUAAUUUAAGA